CUCAUCCACUCCUCCACAUACGGAAAUCAACAUUGGUUUAAGCGAUAACCAUGGCGGAUGAGCAGAAUUACAGUGAAAACACAAGCGUUCAAGAUUAUGUGGAUGACGAGCACGUCGAACUCUGCUCUGCAUCAAACGUCAACCAAUUGGGCUCGGCCAUCAUUCCUUAUUUCUACUACAUCAACUUCCUCCUGAGUUACUUAGGCAACUGGCUUGUUUUGUUCAUCAUCGUCAAGCUUGAGAAGGUCAACAGCGUCACCAACAUCUUCCUCAUCAAUCUGGUCACCUCCAACAUCCUGUUUGCAUCCAGCUUCCCCUUCCUGGCCAAAUACCAUUCCUCAGAGUGGAUCUUCGGCACGGUGCUUUGCAAGUUGGUCAGCAGUGCCCAUCUGAUUGGUUUCUACAGUUCCAUCCUCUUCCUCACCCUGAUGACCUUUGACCGCUACCUGGCCGUGGUGCACGCGGUGUCCGCUGCCAAGAGCAGGAAGAGGUCGUACGCCAUCGGGGCGUCGUUGAUCGUUUGGUUCAUCAGUGUGCUGGCCAGUCUCAAUGAGCUGGUGUUCAAAGGCGUGUGGAAGCACGACGAGCACGGCCAGAUGUGCGAUGAGACAGGAUACGAUGCCAACGUCGUCAAACAGUGGAAUCUGGUCAGCUACUACAUGCAGUUCCUCCUCUUCUUCCUGCUGCCCCUCUUCAUGGUGAUGUACUGCUACACCUGCAUCACCGUGCGGAUCAUGUCCACUCGCAUGAGGGAGAAAUGGCGCUCGGUGAAGCUGAUAUUCAUCAUCAUGUUCACCUUCUUCGUUUGCUGGACUCCCUAUAACAUCGUGAUCCUGCUGAAGGCCAUUCAGAUCUCCACAACCGACGAUGCAAACCGGAAGUGCGAUCAGGUUGUGGCGUUGAACUAUGCGUUGUACGUGACCAGAAACAUAGCGUUCUUGUAUUGUUGCAUCAGCCCCAUGUUCUACUCCUUUGUGGGUAAGCGGUUUCAGAGUCACUUCAGGAAUCUGUUGUCGAAGAACAUGCCUUGUCUGGCACGUCAACUCAGACCCGCUAGUCUGAGCAGCAAGUCCACCGCACAAAGGACAUCCCACACAAACGACUUUUAACACUUGGGAGACAAUGUACUUUGUUUUAAAUUGGAUAAUUGGAUGGGAAAAUGGAUAAUUAAAUUUGAUGAUGUUUAUUGUUUUGUCAGUUUUACGUUUAAAUGUAGUCAUUUAGCAUAUACCUUGUAGAUGAAUAUCUAAUAAUUAAUUGCAAUUAUGUAGCACUCUUUUUUAAGACACUCAAAGCGCUUUAAUCAGUUAGUUAGUUUAUUAGUGGUCCCCUUAGGGAAAGUAUUUUUCACAGUUUCCUUCCGUCAUUUCCCAAAUAGUGAGUUUGUGGUUGAGAAUAACACCUCAUAUUAACGAGGCUGAGAACAAUCUAAGUUUGUAUUGAUUUUAGAGAAGUUACAUUUAGGAGGAUGAAGAGUCGCAAGAGGAAGUGUAGAAUAACAGAGUUGUUCUGCCAAGGCCGUGAACUAGCUUUGUCAUGACAACAUUACCAAUUUUUUCCAGUUUUGUGUGA